AUGGUGGUUAGCAAAGGGGGAAAGGAGGUGAUGGAGGCUGGGAGAAGAGGCAGCUUGUACUAUCUACUGGCAGAAGUGCAGGUUCCUAUGGCCCAAGUGAACUCAGUGACAUCAGAUGUGAGAUUGUGGCACAUGCGGUUAGGCCAUCCUGCCGAGGGCAGUAUAAAAGAGCUUGUGAGAAAGGGAGUUGUGCAGGCACAACUUGAUAAGCAACCACUACAGUGUGAAGAGUGUGUGCUUGGAAAAUCAAAGAAGCUAUCCUUUCCAAAGGGGAAGCAUCUAUCCACUCAGCCAUUAGACUAUGCCCAUAGUGACCUAUGGGGGCAUGCUCAAGUCAACUCCAUAGGAGGUGGCAAAUCCUACAUGACCAUAAUUGAUGACUUCUCAAGGAAGAUCUAG